AUUAAAUAAUGUAUUCAAUUACAGCUCGUUUUAAUUAGAUCGUGUUCUUCACAUCAUGGACAUUAGGUACGUUACUAAUUCUAGAUAAGUCAUUCUAUCAUUGCUGAAUUAGGGCACAGCAUAUUUUUUUAAAACUGGAAAGCCAACAGUAGAUCUAAAGAUCUUAAGUGCAGAUAAAUUGUAUUGCAGAUAAAAUGAUUAUUUUGUUUAGUCAACAUUACAAGGCCACUUAUUAUAAUGGAGGUGUAACUGAUUGGGAUUAGGUGACAUUUAAAUUCUCCUUGGAGGCAGGUUUUUAAUACACGUAUAAUAUUUAGAUUUUGAGCCUGUAUACAAUUGGAAUUUAAAGUAAUUGUUUUUGUAUGUGAAUGUCCAUCAUGAGCAUUAAUAGAAAGGAGUAUACUUAUUUUAUCGAAGUAUUAGUAUGAAUCAGAUUGUGUGAUAUAUGAUAAAAUCAUUUCUAGACCAGAUGACCCCAGCAGUUGGAGUACUUCAUCAAAGGUAAUUCUAUUAGUCAUUUUAGCUUGUUCUGAAAAAUUAAAGAGCCGAAUAUCCACUCAAAGAUAUUCAUAAAUAGCUGCGUAAUGCUACAGUGAAUUUUGAAGUAUGGAUAGAAGUGAUGCCUUAUGUGGGUUACAUAAGGAGAGAGAAACUGGGUGAUUUCGAAUAUAAAAUGCCAUAAUAGUAUAAUUGAGAUAUGUAAUUUAUAUUUUUAACAAUCACAUUUUUU